AUGGUGCCAUAUUUCACGCAACAGUAUGGUAAUCCUCACGAACACAUUCCUAUGAUCCCAAAGAAAUUAUCUUUAAGACUCAUGUUAUUCGAUUCAGUGGCCAAAGGUAAAGAUGUUGCCCGAUUUUAUAAAAGUAGCAAGAAACAUAUAAUUACUACUCAAAUUAUGAAUGUUGAUUUGAUGAGUAUAUCAGGUCAUAAUAUUUAUGGACCUAAAGGAAUGGAUGUUUUAUAUGUGCAUAGAAAACAAAGAGUUAGAUUAGAGGCAAUACAAAAGUGGAAGACAAGAAAGAGGAUUGAGAAAUGGAACAGUACCUACACCAUUGAUUGUUGGUAUAGGUGA